AGAUAUAUUUUGUAUCACAACCAAACCUAAAUCCUAUCCUUAAUCCAUAGUCCAUAAUUUUCCGAUGGAGAUACUUCCGAUUUCGGCGGAGAGCUUCAAGGUUGGGUUCAUCGGAGCUGGAAAGAUGGCGGAGAGUAUAGCUAGGGGUGUGGUUGCCUCUGGUAUGCUUCCUCCGCAUCGUAUCUCAACGGCCGUUCACUCGAAUCUCAAUCGCCGUCAAGUCUUCGAAUCCUUUGGCGUCAAUGUCUUCUCGAGUAGCGAAGAAGUCGUUAAAGAAAGCGAUGUUGUGAUAUUCUCUGUGAAACCCCAAGUUGUUAAGAAGGCAGUCACGGAAUUAAGAACGAAGCUCUCCAAGGAUAAGCUUCUGGUUUCGGUUGCAGCUGGAAUUAAGUUGAAAGAUCUACAGGAAUGGUCUGGUCAAGAUCGAUUCAUAAGGGUGAUGCCUAAUACACCAGCCGCAGUUGGUGAGGCUGCUUCAGUGAUGAGCCUAGGAACAGCGGCAACAGAAGAAGAUGGAGCACUCGUCGCUAAGUUGUUUGGCUCGGUGGGGAAGAUUUUAAGAGCUGAUGAGAAAAUGUUUGAUGCUGUCACUGGUCUCAGUGGAAGUGGACCAGCAUACAUAUUCUUAGCCAUUGAAGCUUUGGCUGAUGGAGGAGUAGCUGCUGGUUUACCUAGAGAACUCGCACUGGGUUUAGCUUCACAAACCGUUCUUGGAGCUGCAACAAUGGUGAGCAAAACGGGGAAGCAUCCAGGUGUGUUGAAAGAUGAUGUCACUUCACCUGGCGGCACUACAAUAGCCGGAGUUCAUGAACUGGAGAAAGGUUCUUUCCGUGCAACACUUAUGAAUGCUGUUGUUGCUGCAGCUAAUCGAAGCCGCGAGCUCUCACAGAGCUAGAUUAUACAUUAUGUAGUUGCGCUAUUGCUUCACCUCACGGAUUCGUCAAAAUAAAGGGUGUUGUUAUAUUGCUUGCCUACACUACGAUGGUAGAUGUGAAAAUUAUUUAUCUCCACUCUGUAUUGGUUCUGAACACAGGUUUUUUUUUUUAAUGCAUUCUUAGAUCUAAUAAAAGUCAAAUUUCAGCAUAA